AUGGCAACGGACCCGAAGAAGCGCCGACGACUCGUCCGCCAUGCCCCGGUAGUGAAGAUACGGCGGGUAGAUGAAGAGCAGCGGAACACAGGCCAGCGACCCAAUGAGGGCCACAAACCGGUCGAGGUGGCCGGCGCCCAGCACGGCGACGGCACCGCAGGCCACCGUCAGCGCAGUGCGCAGGGCGUUCUUGGCCCACUUGAUGCGCGGGUCGCGUUUGCCCGAGCGGUAGUAGACAGCACCGUUGCCAGAAGACGACUUGGUGCGGAAGAGGCGGCCGUCGAUGAUGCGCACGGCGGGGAAGAGCUGCACCGGCAUGCCCGCCAGCACGGCAAUCGCGUACAGACACUGCACGGUCUGCACGAGGGCGCUGGCGCGGGGGUAGUUGUCAAUGACCUCGGUCUUGGUGCCGGUGCCAAACGCUGCGUAGCCAAGCGCGCCGACGGAGAUGUACGCCGCCGUGAUAAUGGCCAUGACGACGCCGAGCAGCCAGCGAAACCGCUCGGGGCGGGCCAUGGACGACUGGAUGGGCAGGAUGAGGCCGAUGCCCUCAAAGGUAAAGAUGGCGGCGCCGAUUGUCAGCGCAUAGCCCGACGGGUUGAACCACAGAUCGACCGUCUCGUGCACGCGCCAGCCGCGCGCCGCAAUGGCAGCCACGUCGUACGUGUACAUGUACACGAGGCCGAUGGCGAUGAAGACGUCGCCGAGCAGGGCGGCGGGGCCGAGGCGCGCAAUGUCGCGCACGAAACCGAGAGGGAUCAGCACGGCCACUUCGAGAGCAAUAAAGGCGUUGGUCGACAGGACGCUGUCGUCCACGCCUCCCUCUCCUCCUCCUCCAUCAAGAGGAUUGCGGCGCGUGUGGGCGUGCGCCACGGCAGACGCAAACGACGCCAGAUUCUCGGCUGCAAAGACAAUGCCGGCACACACAAACCCCAACUGCGAAAGCGCAAUGGACCCCAGGAUCAGGCUGCGCAUGCGCGGGCCCGCAAUGGCCAGGCCAAUGUCGCCGUAGCCGCCACCAUACCGUUGGCGGCAGCGCAGCAGCAGCUCGAAGCCGCCCAUGGACAGCAUGGAGACGAUGAGCAGGGUGACCGUCGAGAAGACCAUGCCGCCGUUGUUGAAGGCCUUGGGCAGAAACAUGAUGCCCGUGCCGACAAAGGCCUUGAGCAGCGUGAAAAAGGCCUGGGACAUGCCGGCUUUGGCCUUGCCACUGCCGUCGCCAGCGGCGUCGCCGCUCGCCGAGGCCACAACAGCACCAGACGUCCGCCGGCCAAGCAGUGGCUGCCGUUCGUGCGGCCGCCGCCGAAGACCACCGCCGGCUCCCAUCCCACGCUCCACGUCUUCGAUGCCUCUUCGUCCCUCUUGUUCUUCUUCUUCUACUUCCUCGUACUCCUCUUCGACCUGCUCCUCGGCACCGCCUUCAUCCUCCUCGUCGUCAGACGCUUCCAGGUCUUCGUCGGCAAAAUGGCCGUAGAGCUCGAGAAACUCGACAAAGUUGCGCGCAAUCGGCAUCUUCACGGCACGAAACGCGGAGGCCCGCCGCUCGCGCAGGUGUGUCCGCCGCCGCUGCAUCGUCGCCUCGCGUUCCUGCAGCUGGCGCUGCCGGACCUGUUGCAGCACAAAAUCGCGGCGGAAACCCUGCGGCGCCAGCAGGUCGCGCACCUGCAUCUGGGGCCCGUCUCUGUCGCCGUGCCCGCCGUGCUCGCUUCCGUGCUCGCUGCCGUCGCCGUUGGGGCCGCCAGUCACGCUGCUCACUUCGCUGGAUGCAGCGAGGAGAUCUCCUCGCGCUGCUCCGCUCCCGCUUCGCCUUCAGCUUCGUCUCUGCCGGACCGUAUGGACGCCGAUGUGGAUGCGGCUGGAGCUAGGGACGGUGUGUUGAGAUGCGGCUCCGAUGCACCACCGCUGGCGCCGCUGUCGCCGCUGGGGUUGCGUCCGCCAGCGGCGGGCCGGUCCUUGUCUGCAUAUGGCGCAGUGCUCCCCGGCGCCGUCUGCUGCUGGUCCUCCGGGACGAAGUCAGCUGUGUAG